GAACAGCAUCAGUCGCCAUCCGGUGAUCCUACCUACAGUGGUCCUCACAGCACAACGAGCAGCAACAGCCAUGAAGACGGUCGCAGUCCUGAUGAUGGUCGUCGUUUCGGCGGUGGUCGCUAGGCCACAGGCCCCUAGCGGACAGAACACGUCACCAAUCCCGAUCAUCAGCUAUGUCAACGAGGGUGUCAACUUUGACGGUUCCUACAAAUGGAGCUACGAGACGGGCAACGAGAUCCGCGCCCAGGAGGAGGGCUACCUGAAGAACGCCGGCAACCCUGAGACCGAGGGCCAGGCGGCGCAGGGCUCUUACUCUUACACGGCGCCCGACGGCACACGCAUCGAGCUGACGUACACGGCCGACGAGAACGGCUUCGUUCCCCAAGGAGCCCACCUGCCCACGCCGCCACCCAUCCCUGAGGCUAUCCAGCGCGCCCUCGACUUCAUCGCCAGCCAGCCGCCGCAGCCCGAGGACAACCAGCAGUAGACCGUCCGGGACGCUGAACACACACAUACACACUCCCCCGACUUCGGACCGAACAGCGCUUGACACGUGAAGCUUCUCCGCGCCGCUCUUUUGCCAGACACUCCGUCGCCGCCCGAGUAUAAAUACUUCCUCGCUCAUGCGACUGCAUCCCACUAACACGAAAGGACACUUCCUUUACUUACGUAGUCCGUAACGCGAAGAAUUCUCGCAUGUCCCAAGUCUAAAGCUGCAUCCGUCAGGCAAAGUAGCAGCACGGAGAAACAUUGAGACGCUUCUUGCGGCCGCCUGGCGAUCUAAAACAAUAAACUCACAACAUAUAAAGAGCAGUUGAUUCACCACCCAGCACGUGUUGCUUACUCACAAACAACUCGCUCUAUAAGGAAAACCCAUAGCCGUAAAUAGCUCUUGGACUCAGUACUGUGCAACAAAACAGAAUCAUCAAAAUUACUGUAGAGUUCUAUGGUACCAGCGUGUAAUAGCUCUUGUCUCCAAGCAAACUUCAUCUGUAUUGGGAAUGACCGACAGUUGUGUCACAGUUGGUGUUUGGGUACUGGGAAACAUUAAAGAAACAGCCCUUCCAGUAAGUUGUCCAAUAACAAGUUGUUCUGCGGCUUGUUAGAUGGCUCAGUGCCAUGCCACAGUACGAUUCCAGCAUUGACAAAAGCCACAGCCGUAAUGUCCAAGGUCUCGCCCGCACAACUCAUCGGCAUGCUGGGUAGAGCGCGCCGGCAGCGAUGUGUCGCCUGUGUCACUAUGGAAAUCCUCCACGCGACGCCCGACAUUUUCGCACGAAAUAUAUCGCCGCGAACGUCCUGUGGAAUUGGCAACUGGACGGGCGUCUCCGUGGCGCAGAUUCCGUAUUCCGGUGGCGUCCCACGUCUCCAAGGCUAGACUCGAUGCGACGCUGACGUGACCUUUCUGUUUCUGUACGUUUCAGUACAGCUACUGUCACAUGAAAAUCGCCUCGCCGACAGGCUGCCGUAGUAGCGUCUCCGUGUCAAUAGGACUACUGUGCAUAUUUGUAUACACACCGUACUUAAAGGACCAUUUUCAGGUUCCCAUACUGCCACGUAUCGCUCCACGUAUCUAUGUUUUGUAUGUAUUUAAUUGUGUAUUCAUUUUACUGGGUAGUCUUACCCUUUCCUUGCUUCGGAAGAAGUGGCGACAACCGAAGCAGUCGCCGUCUUCAAUGCCAUUACUCAUGUUUUAUAUCCUAUAUGCUACUGUAUCAUCGAUGGUAUGCGCAAUAAAAAGUUUUAAACAAA